AUGGGAUGGGAUGAGAUGGGGGAAAUCUGCAGGCGGUCGUCGGGCUCAACGAAUAGGAGGCAUAGGGGCGCGCUCAGCCUUGGAUCAGCAACGCAUUAUUUCGGGACCAUACCCUUGCACACCUUCUCGUCCUCCUCGGGCCGACGACACAGCAGCGAGUCCUACAACGAGAAGGACCGUGAACGCCUCCGGCGGCGCUCGAACUCCUUCGAAGACGACGACGACGACGACGACUUCUCGCUGUGGAGCGACACCGGCGAUCUCGUCGACCAACUUGCUGACGAGGAAGACCCGUUGGCCGCUCGGUUACGAGACAGCGCCAGCGUCGAGAGUCCUCGCAAGAGUCGAAAGCAUCGUUCCUCGAAACACGUCCGAUACGCCUCAAACCAUUCCCACGGCGAGAAACGUCACGGCCAGUCUGGCUUCGUCACGAGAAAGGAGGAUAUCGUCGUUCCCACUCCACCACGCAUACCACUCAGCUGGGGUCAGAGACUCCUCGCUCGCACCAUGGCGCCCGGCGAUGGCCCUGCGCGCAUGCACGGCCUGCAUGGCAAGAAGCUCGUGUACUUUUUGUCCAUUUUCGUGUCAUUAGGCGUCUUCCUGUUUGGAUAUGAUCAGGGUGUCAUGUCUGGGAUCAUCACAGGUCCGUACUUCAAGGACUACUUCAACCAGCCGACUCCUGCAGAGAUUGGAACCAUGGUUGCCAUCUUGGAGGUAGGAGCUUUCAUCUCGUCCAUCGCAGUCGGGAGAAUUGGAGACUUGCUCGGCAGAAAGAAGACGAUACUGUAUGGAGCUUUGAUCUUUGUGGUCGGAGGUGCGAUCCAAUCCUUUGCCAAUGGCAUGCCCAUGAUGAUGCUGGGAAGAAUCAUUGCUGGUCUCGGGGUAGGAGCGCUGAGUACCAUUGUGCCCGUGUACCAGAGCGAGAUCAGUCCUCCACACAAUCGAGGCAAGCUGGCGUGCAUCGAAUUCUCGGGCAACAUUUUUGGCUACAUGUGCAGUGUCUGGGUGGACUACUUUUGCAGCUACAUUGACGGACAUUGGGCAUGGCGCCUCCCUCUGCUCAUGCAGGUGGUCAUGGGAGGUCUGCUCGCCGUAGGGAGUUUCCUGAUUGUGGAGUCCCCCCGAUGGCUGCUGGACAAUGAUCAUGACGAAGAGGGCAUCGUGGUAAUUGCCAAUCUCUACGGGAAGGGCGACAUUCACAACCAGAAAGCUCGUGACGAAUAUCGGGAAAUCAAGAUGAACGUCUUGCUGCAACGUCAAGAGGGAGAGCGCUCAUACGCGGACAUGUUCAAGCGUUACUACAAGCGUGUUUUCAUUGCCAUGUCCGCGCAAGCUCUCGCGCAGCUCAACGGCAUCAACGUCAUCUCUUACUAUGCACCUCUGGUGUUUGAACAAGCAGGCUGGGUGGGGAGAGAUGCCAUUCUAAUGACCGGUAUCAAUGGCCUGACGUAUCUUGCAUCUACGAUACCCCCUUGGUACCUUGUCGAUCGCCUGGGCCGCCGAUUCAUCCUGCUGUCCGGUGCAGUAGCGAUGGUCAUAUCACUUUCAGCCAUCUCGUACUUCAUCUACAUCGACAUUCACCUCACGCCCACCUUGGUCGUGAUAUUCGUGAUGAUUUACAAUGCCGCAUUUGGAUACUCGUGGGGUCCGAUCCCGUGGCUCUACCCUCCAGAGAUUCUGCCUUUGAGCAUCCGAGCCAAGGGUGCAAGCUUGUCUACUGCGACGAAUUGGGCAUUCAACUGGCUCGUCGGUGAAAUGACGCCGAUACUCCAGCAAGCCAUCAAGUGGAGACUGUACCUGCUGCAUGCUUUCUUCUGCGCUGUCAGCUUCGUAGUCGUGUGGUUCAUAUACCCCGAGACUGCCAACGUCCGCCUCGAAGAUAUGAACUCCAUCUUUGGUGAUGCCACAACAGUCGCACCAACACCCGAAACCCUCGCCGAAGCCGCGUCUCUCUUUGGUGAUCGCUCACCGGUUCCAUCCUUCACCCUGGGUGACGAUCAACCAGGCGGCGACAUUCCCGACUUGGACUUGCAGCCUCCAGAGGUGGACAUCAAGGAUGGCAAGCCGAUGCUCGGCAAUGGCAAAGGAGGCGAAGGUGUCGCGGGCUGGCUCAGCAAUGUGGCUGACAAGAUGAAGCGUGGCGGCGAGGAUUCGAAUGGGGGUGGCAGUGGGAAGUAUAAGAGAGUGGGCCAAGAUGAGCAAUAACGCACGCUAAGAAGCAGGCAUGAAUUUGUUGCCGCAAGGUGGUCUAGUAUUGUCGAGAGCAAUUUCAGCGUUUUGGGCGAGAUGAUGAUAAAGGCAUAGAUCAACUACCUGAUGCAUGUGGCAGCGCAAGAUCUCGUAUUGCAUACGAAGCUUAGGACAGUAUAUAUAUAUGUAUUCUACACAACAACGGUUUCG